AUGGACGCCCCCUCUCCUGACCAGCCGCGCAUCCACAGCACCUGGCAGGUCCGCAUGGCCGCGGGCGAGCCCUUUGCCGUGGUGCGGGUGCGCAACCUCCAGUCGACGGUGCAGGCCGCCCAGGACGCGUGGGGUCGUGCCGGCAAGCCGCAGCCGCUCCUCGUCUCGGCCGAGAUAUCGCUCAGGGACCCGUUCGGAGACUCGUCGGCCUCGGACAAGGUGGCCGGCGACACGGUGCACUACGGAACGCUGAGCAAGGCCGUGCUCGCCAGUCUGGAGAGGUACCAGAACCUGGCAGGUCAGAGCGAGGGCGCCAACACUCUCAGAGGUGUGCUGGAGACGAUCUGGUCGAGCCUGACGGGCCUGGCUGUCAAUGGAGCCCGGCCAGACCCUUCUGUCAAUGCCGGAAAGGUGGUCUUGGACAUGUCCAAAAUACGAACCAUGGCCGUUACGGUUACUCUUCCCAAAGCAUCGCUCCUCGGCAGUGGCGUGAGCCUUACUGCCAUCUCCUCGUUGAACGACGACGCCACCAGCAUCAAGGCCGGCAUAGAUAGGGCAACCAUCUUUGGCAUCUCCCUUCGUCUACAUGAUCUCCGCAUACCCACCCUGGUUGGCGUCAAUUCCAACGAGAGGCUCGCGAAACAGAUUGUGGCUUUCGAUAUUGAGAUUGACAAGUUUGAUUACGCGCCCGACGCCUAUGUAGCUCUCGAAGCCCUCGUGGUCAAGGUAGGUCUGAUCCUCGGCAGGUUCAUAUUCUCUCCACCCCAUGCUGACACAUCAUCACAGACAGUAGAAGGCACCUCAUUCGAGACACUAGAGGCGCUGGGUGCCUAUCUUCUAGACAGGAUCACGGCUGCCUUUAGACCUCAGCCCGAGCAAACAUAUUCGGGCCCCUCUGGUUGGCAAAUCAAGAUCCGAAUGGAGAAGCCCACGGCCGUUCCGUUCGCUGAGGCUCCCUGCGUUGAAAUUAGGGGCGGAAGCAAAUGA